AUGAGCCAAAUCGAAGUACAGCUCAAGGAUGUCGCCAUCCUGGGCGCCGUGAACAACGAGCAUCGCAAGAUCCUCACCAAGGAAGCUUGCGCUUUCCUCGCCAUCCUCCACCGCACCUUCAACCCUACCCGGAAAGCUCUCCUGCAGCGCCGUAUCGAUCGGCAGGCCGAGAUCGACAAGGGCCAUCUGCCUGACUUCCUCCCCGAGACCAAGCACAUUCGUGAAAAUGACGCCUGGAAGGGUGCUCCUCCCGCUCCCGGUCUGGUUGACCGUCGCGUGGAGAUCACUGGUCCCACGGACCGCAAGAUGGUCGUCAAUGCUCUGAAUGCGGAUGUCUGGACAUACAUGGCGGAUUUCGAGGACUCGAGUGCCCCUACCUGGUCGAACAUGAUCAACGGCCAAGUCAACUUGUACGAUGCUAUCCGUCGUCAGGUCGACUUCAAGCAAGGAAACAAGGAGUACAAGCUCCGCACAGACCGUACCCUUCCCACCCUGAUCGCUCGUGCUCGAGGCUGGCACCUUGACGAGAAGCACUUUACCGUUGAUGGCGAGCCUAUCUCCGGCAGUUUGUUCGACUUUGGUCUCUACUUCUUCCACAACGCCAAGGAGCUGGUUGCUCGCGGCUACGGUCCUUACUUCUACCUCCCCAAGAUGGAGUCCCACCUCGAGGCCAGACUCUGGAACGACGUCUUCAACCUCGCUCAGGACUACAUUGGCAUUCCCCGGGGAACGAUCCGUGCUACUGUCCUGAUUGAGACCAUCACUGCUGCUUUUGAGAUGGAUGAGAUUAUCUAUGAACUGCGUGACCACAGCUCCGGUCUCAACUGCGGCCGCUGGGACUACAUCUUCUCCUUCAUCAAGAAGUUCCGCAAGCACCCCAACUUUGUCCUUCCCGACCGCUCCGACGUCACCAUGACCGUGCCAUUCAUGGAUGCCUAUGUGAAGCUGCUCAUCAAGACUUGCCACCGCCGUGGUGUUCACGCUAUGGGUGGUAUGGCUGCUCAGAUCCCCAUCAAGGACAACGCCGCGGCCAACGACAAGGCCAUGGAGAACGUGCGCGCCGACAAGCUGCGUGAGGUCCGUGCCGGCCACGACGGUACCUGGGUUGCUCACCCCGCUCUCGCCGCCAUUGCCUCUGAGGUCUUUAACAAGUACAUGCCUACUCCCAACCAGCUGUUCGUCCGCCGGGAGGACGUCAACAUCACCGCCAACGAUCUGCUCAACACCAACGUGCCUGGCAAGAUCACUGAGGAGGGUAUCCGCAAGAAUUUGAACAUUGGUCUUUCUUAUAUGGAGGGCUGGCUCCGCGGUGUUGGCUGCAUCCCGAUCAACUACCUGAUGGAGGACGCCGCUACCGCCGAAGUGUCCCGGUCUCAGCUCUGGCAGUGGGUGCACCACCAGGUCACCAGCUCCGAUGGCAAGAAGAUCGACAAGGCCUACGCUCUGCGUCUGCUCCAGGAGCAGGCCGACAGCCUGGCCGCCAAGGCACCCAAGGGCAACAAGUACCAGCUGGCGGCCCGUUACUUUGCCGGUCAGGUGACGGGUGAGGACUACGCGGACUUCCUUACCAGUCUGCUGUACAAUGAGAUUUCCACCCCGGGUACGGCGUCGAAAUUGUAG